CCUCCCUUCCUUCCACUCCGGACAAGCGCCAACGACACGAUUCACUCACGGCAAUGGCGUCAGCAGGGGGUGACGCUCGACUCAACCUGGAAGCAUGGUCGCGCGAUCUGCUGGGAGAUGCACAGCUAGAGAAUGUGGCGCAUCUGGCCGCUUGGUGCCAACAGAGCGAUGCGAGGACUGCGAGGACCAGUCAUGAGGAGGAGGAGGAGGAGGAUGAGGAGAGUAAUAAUGCCUCCACCUCUCGAUUGCCCCCUGAUGACAGGGACAAUACGGCCGCGGUGCUCGGCCCUAGUUCCUCUGCGAUCAAACUCCCUUCAGAGCCCAUCACUUCCUCGUCCGCUCUGUUGCCCUGGCUGGAAAGCAUCAAGCCGCCGCCCAAUCCCGCUCCCGGUCGGGCUCCUUCCUCCACGAUGACCUCAUCAACACCCGCCCAACUCUCCCACAUCAUCUCAGCCGCGGAGCGUACCACCUCCCUCUUAAGUCAACUAGAAUCGGCGCGCAUAAAUGUCGCAGAGCUCAAAGCGGGCUCACGCUCAGUAGAGGAGACGGCCGAGGAGUUGCGCAACGAAUCCGAAUCCUCCUCCUCAGGUCGUACCUCCUCGCACCAUCUCUCCCACCUGGUCUCGACCCUCGAUUCCCACCUGUCCUACUACUCCAUCCUGCCACAAGCGACCCAGUUCCUCUCCUCGCCCAAUCUGAACCAGGUCGUCCUAUCGGAGAGGUUCGGACCAACUAUGGCGCAGUGCGAUGCGGCGUACGAGUUCGUGCGCGCGCGCCCGCAUUGGAGGGAUGCGGCUGUUCAUCGUUUGAGGUUUGAGCAUUGCAUUACGCGAGGUGGGACGCUGGCGAGGAUGUGGGUUGUGGGUCGUUUCAAGGAAUUGGGAGCGCAGGUGAUUACAGGGCUAAAAGAGAGGGGGAAGGCUCUGCCAGCUGGUGGACAGGAUGGGACGCUAAUGGAGUUUGCAGACGCGGGAUUGCUGGGUAUCCUCUAUCCCUCUUAUGUCAACGCGGCGCAGGAGGUACGCUCCGUCCUCGCCGAGAUCACGAAGCGAUGCACUCGUCCUCGUCCUCGAGGGGGAGAGCACGGGAGCAACCAGGACACCACAGACGCAGAUGGCGGCGACGCCGAUGGAGCAUCUUCGCGCGGCGAACCACUUGACGAGUCGAGCAUGCUUCACGACUACCAAGGAGCUCAUCUUGGGAGCGAGGCCGACGAGGAAGAGGACGAAAUCCACAUACCCACCUUCACCGAGUUCGACACCUUACUGUCCGACUGUAGGGCAGCCUACUUUGACUCGAGGCGCAACGCGCUUCUGCCUUUGAUUGGCGCGGCCCUAGCAAAGAUUGAAGGGAGGGCGGCAAAGGCGGCGGGCGGUGCGGAGUCAGAGACGCAGUCGCAAUCACCGCUGGUUCUCUUCCUCUCUCAGAGUCUCAAGAUGCUCACACCCUUGCUCGGCAGCGAGUAUCGCCUCUACACCCUCUUCUUCGAUAUCCGUACCACCUCCCACGCUCACGUUCAGGGAGCUCCUCAAGGGUUGCUCGAUUUCCUCAGCUCCCUAAGCAAAGAACUCUCAGACCGGCUGCACCCUCGCAUCUAUGCCGAGUCUCGAUUGAGCGAGCUUGCCCGGCUUGCUGAAACCGUAUUAGAGGCAGGUCACGACGAUGAGCACGAGGGCAAGAUGCCCUCUCUCUUCUCCGUGAACGAUCCGCACGACUUCACUGCGCUCUUGCCUCGCUGGGAGCCCGCUCCCGAUCAUCAGGGCGCAACAGCGGAGCGCACCUGGUUACACGGCCCUCUUGUUAAGCCCGUCUACUCGGACAUUGCCGCGAGACUCACCUUUCGCGCUCGCGCUAUCCUGCAGGGGAGGGACGUUGCGGGAUACACGCCGGCGGAUGAGGGGGAGAUGCUGCAUGCUAUCAGAGCUAUCAAAGCUCGAGCCGCGGAUGCAGAGGUGGACGUGCACGCGGAUGUGCAGAGUAAAGGGAGGAGAAAACGCAAAGCGAGAGACAGCAGUCGCAGUCUCAGCGCAUCGUCCUCUUCUCUCUUCCCCCCUCUUCUACACUCAAUACCUGGCCUGCUCCCCUCUCCCGCGCCCUCCGCAUCCUUCACACUCUUCACCCCGUCCUCUCGCGCUCCACCCUCGCCGAGCUGGGCGUCGAAGCAGUGCAGUGCGUUCGAGGAACAUUGCGUCGUCAGCAGUCCGCCCCGCCAGGUCAAGGGAGGGACUCGCUCGACCUCUCCCUCUAUCGUCUUCGCUCCAGCCUACUCCUGCGCGAGCUGAGCGCCAGUGUGGACCUGAGCCUCGCACAGCCCUGCAGGGCGGACGAGCUCUUGAUGACAGGGCUGGGCGCGGCAUCGGGAGGGACAGGCCCGCCGACGCUCGAUGUCGGUGCGGUGAGCAAGGUUGUGGGUGGCCUGUUGGACGCCGUCAGGCGCGGUUGGGCUAGCUCUGCGGGGGGAAGGGAGCAGCCACCCCAGCCCGCGGGCGUGGUAGGGGUGGGAGGAGCAUUGGCGCAAGAUGUCGCAGCGUGCACGCGCUCUGUUCUGGACGAGAUCGUUGCGCAGCUCGAGGCGCCGGGGAGGAAGGGAGUCGCAGGUGAGGGUGAGGGCGCGGCUGA